CGAUAAGAUUCAGAUCUGGAGAAAAAAAGAGAGAGAGAAGAAAUGGCGAGAGCAGGCGGAGGAGGAGGAGGCGGAGGAGGGAUAACAAACGCGGUGAACGUAGGGAUAGCAGUACAAGCAGAUUGGGAGAACAGAGAAUUCAUAUCUCACAUAUCUCUCAACAUCCGUCGUCUCUUCGAUUUCCUCAUCCAAUUUGAGUCCACCACCAAGUCCAAAUUGUCUUCUCUCAAUCUCAAGCUUGAUACUUUGGAGCGUCGUUUACAGCUUCUCGAACUCCAAGUUUCCACGGCCACUUCAAAUCCUUCUCUUUUCACUUCCACCACUACCACCACCGCUUGAUCUCUGUUUUUUUUUUUUUCCAUUGGGUUUCACUUACUGUAAUAAUCAACUACUAAUUUUUUUUUUGGGGUGUUAUUUAUCAGUUUCUUGUAUGUUUAUUGUUCAUUUUCUUCGAUAUUAGCUUAGGGUUGAUGCCGCUGAAGAUUCUGCUCGGAUAUUGAUAAAGAUGUGAUCAAUGCUUUGAAUAUGAAGCUGAAGGUGGAAUUAUUGGUUUCCUCUUAGGUUGUCGUCUUAAGGAUCGAUGAUUUCCAACUCAAUGACUAUCCAAUGUUGAAAAAGGUUGAAGCUUUAUCACUAA